AUGUCGACCUACAAGCGGGCGACGUUGGACGAUGAAGACCCCCUGGACUCCAUCGGCGAAGGUGAUGGGUACCCCAACGGCUUCCAGGGCCAUCUCCGCUCGCCGCCGCAUCGGGAUGUUUCCUGGGGAUGUUUUUCGGCCGAGCGGGAGUAUCCUGUUACGGCACUUCCCGCCGCCGCCGUGAUCCCCACCCUGUCCCAGCGCCGGCGAUGUCUGCUGGGUCUCAUCUUCCAGUACAGAGCCCGGCCACCCGCCGUGUGCCUGUCGGAAGCCUGCAUCUCCGUCACCAGCUCCAUCCUCAGCUCGCUGGACCAAGCGGUGAAUCCCUGCGAGGACUUUUUCAGUUACGCUUGCGGGGGCUGGAUCAAGGCCAACCCCCUCCCCGACGGCCACUCGCGCUGGGGCACCUUCAACAACCUCUGGGAGCACAACCAGGCCAUCAUGAAGCAUCUGCUGGAAAACACCACGGCCAACGUGUCGAGCGAGGCGGAGCGCAAGGCGCAGCGUUAUUACCAAGCCUGCAUGAAUGAGAGCAAGAUCGAGGAGCUGCGCGCUGCCCCGCUUGUGGAGCUCAUCCAAAAGCUGGGCGGCUGGAACAUCACGGGUCCCUGGGCAGGGGACAACUUCAACGCAACGCUGCGGGAGGUGACGGCACAUUACCGCACCUCGCCCUUCUUCUCCGUCUACGUCAGCGCCGACUCCAAAAACUCCAACAGCAACGUCAUCCAGGUGGAUCAGUCGGGGUUAGGCCUGCCGUCGCGGGAUUACUACCUGAACAAGACGGAGAAUGAGAAGGUGCUUGCUGGGUACCUGAACUACAUGGUGCAGCUGGGGAUGUUCCUGGGAGGCACCGACGAGGAGUCGACGCGGCAGCAGAUGCAGCAGAUCUUGGACUUCGAGACGGCGUUGGCCAACAUCACCAUUCCUCAGGAGAAACACCGGGAUGAGGAGGUCAUCUACCAUAAAAUGACGGCUGGAGACCUGAAGGAGCUGGCGCCGGCCGUGGACUGGAUGCCCUUCCUCGCCACGGUCUUCUACCCCGUGGAGCUCAACGAGUCGGAGCCCGUGGUGGUCUAUGCCAAGGAGUACCUGGAGCAGGUCUCCGACCUCAUCCUGGCCACAGAUAAAUGUCUCCUCAACAACUACAUGAUCUGGAACCUGGUGCGGAAAACCAGCCCCUUCCUCGACCAGCGGUUCCAGGAUGCCGAGGAAAAAUUCAUGGAAGUGAUGUAUGGGACGAAGAAGACCUGCCUCCCGCGCUGGAAAUUUUGCAUCAGCGACACAGACAACAACCUGGGCUUUGCCCUGGGGGCCAUGUUCGUCAAGGCCACCUUUGCCGAGGACAGCAAGCAGGUGGCAGAGGAAAUGAUUGCGGAGAUUAAAACAGCCUUCGAGGAAAGCCUGGAGACCCUGCAGUGGAUGGACGAAGAGACGAGGAAAUCGGCCAAAGAGAAGGCAGAUGCCAUCUACAAUAUGAUCGGCUACCCCAAGUUCAUCAUGGACCCCAAGGAGCUGGAUAAAGUCUUCAAUGAUUACGAGGCUGUGUCCGACCUCUACUUCGAGAACGUCAUGCAGUUUUACAACUUCUCGGCCAGGGUCACUGCUGACCAGCUCCGGAAACCGCCCAACCGGGACCAGUGGAGCAUGACACCUCCGACAGUCAACGCGUACUAUUCUCCCACCAAGAACGAGAUUGUCUUCCCCGCUGGCAUCCUCCAGGCCCCUUUUUACACUCGUGCAUCUCCCAAGUCGCUGAAUUUUGGUGGGAUUGGUGUGGUGGUGGGCCAUGAGUUGACGCAUGCCUUCGAUGACCAAGGCCGGGAAUACGACAAGGAUGGCAACCUGCGUCCCUGGUGGAAGAACUCCUCAGUGGAGGCCUUCAAGCGUCAGACAGCGUGCAUGGUGGAGCAGUAUGGCAACUACACCAUCAACGGCGAGGCCGUCAACGGCAAACACACCCUUGGGGAGAACAUCGCUGACAAUGGGGGCCUCAAGGCUGCCUACCGGGCAUAUCAAAACUGGCUGAAAAAGAAUGGGGAUGAGGAAACCCUACCGACCCUUGGCCUCACCAACCACCAGCUCUUCUUUGUUGGCUUUGCCCAGGUGUGGUGUUCAGUUCGCACGCCGGAGAGCUCGCACGAGGGACUCAUCACCGACCCCCACAGCCCUUCACGUUUCCGCGUCAUCGGCACUGUCUCCAACUCCCGGGAGUUCGCGGAGCAUUUCAGCUGCCCCCUUGGCUCCCCCAUGAAUCCGCCCAAAAAGUGCGAAGUCUGGUGAUGGACGAGCGCCCGAGGGAAUCAGCUGCCAGUUGCUUCGUCCUCCGCCGACGGCUGAAUUUCCCCGGUCCUUUUGAGAGGCUCAAACCACUUCUCCAUGCAACGAACUGCCCAGCUCUCAGCCGGAGCGGCGUUCCGCGUCCCCGGUAUCGUCCGAGGUUCGAUCCACUGUGAAAACUCCUCAUCCCCUCACUCGUUCGUGAAAUGACUUCGAUUUGGGGGUCUUUUCUUUCCCACCAUGACCGGGCCACGUGUCGAGGCACGUGU